UUUGGCUUAAGUAGAAAAGAGAAAGUUAAGGUUAUUGGAAUGUAGCUGGACCUUAGGCCUAGAACCAGGAGCUAAAAAACCGUUGAUAAGCCUCCCCUCCCUGCUUCCUGUACUGUUUCUCAAGGCACUCACUGGAUUCUUUUUAGUUUUUUAUGGUACGUUUUAUCUAACUAGUUUAAGCUGAAGUUAGAAAAUGACCUUUCUAAUCUCCUGUGUUGCAACCACCAGGAGAGAGAUAGAGUGUAAGGGAGGGCUGGGGACAGGGAGAAGAGAAAGAGAUAUUUUCUUGUUCAUGGUUUCAGAUUCUCAGGGAUCGGACUUUGAUUUUAUUUUGCUCAAAGAUGAAUUUAUUUUUGCCAUUUUAUAGCUGGUGCCAAUCAACUACGGCCAGGAGAGUAUAAAUACACUAUGGGAAUUUACUUCUGUAGAUGAGAGGAUUAGGUAAGAGGUUAGGCAGAAAUCCCAAAGGGAGUCCAUUAUUUAAUUUAUUGGUUGAAAGAUAACAGAUUACAUUAAAUUUAGAGAAGUAACAUAAAAAUUAUGCAGAAAUUUCCCCCAGUAAACUACAAAAUAUGUUUAAGUUGAACAUUAACUGGUUACUCUUACAGGAGCAUAGAAUGUUAUAGACUAAGACUGGAGUGCUGGGGUCCUGAUAAUGUUCUCUGUCUUGAUCUGGAUAGUGAUUACAAAUGCUUAUGUAUGUGUCAAAAUUCAUCAAGAUAUGUGCUCUUGAUGUGUGUAAGCAAUACGUUUGUUGCUUUAAUUUAAGAGGAAAUCUAGGCAACAUUGACUUGAUUUGCCAGGUAUCUGCCUUGCCUUGUCGUAUAGAUCACCAUAUAUCAUUGUAAGUUAAUUAUGUUCCUGUUUAUUUUAGGUAGGUAAGUUUUUGAUAGACAUUCAUCUUUGAGUAUCUGAGAAAUGAAAAUAGGAUGUUUUAAAUAUAUGAUAUAAAAAAGAUAAUGACCUGGUUAACUUUUUCCCCUGAUUUAGGAGCUGUGACUGAUGAGAAUUAAAGGCCAUGGAUGAAGAUGGACUUGGAUUACAGUCACAACAGCCAAACUCAUUUUUUGAUGCAACAGGAGCUGAUGCUGCACACAUGGAUGGUGAUCAGAUUGUUGUGGAAGUGCAAGAAACUGUUUUUGUUUCAGAUGUUGUGGAUUCAGACAUAACUGUGCAUAAUUUUGUUCCUGAUGACCCAGACUCAGUUGUAAUCCAAGAUGUUAUUGAGGACGUUGUUAUAGAAGAUGUUCAGUGCCCAGAUAUCAUGGAAGAAGCAGAUGUAACUGAAACAGUCAUCAUUCCUGAGCAAGUGCUGGACUCAGAUGUAACUGAAGAAGUUUCAUUAGCUCAUUGCACGGUCCCAGAUGAUGUUUUAGCUUCUGACAUCACUUCAGCCUCAAUAUCCAUGCCAGAACACGUCUUGACAAGUGAAUCUAUACACGUGUCUGAUGUUGGGCAUGUUGAACAUGUGGUUCAUGAUAGUGUAGUAGAAGCAGAAAUUGUCACUGAUCCUCUGAGCACUGAUGUAGUUUCAGAAGAAGUAUUGGUAGCAGACUGUGCCUCUGAAGCUGUCAUAGAUGCCAACGGGAUCCCUGUGGACCAGCAAGAUGAUGACAAAAGCAACUGUGAGGACUACCUUAUGAUUUCCUUGGAUGAUGCUGGUAAAAUAGAACAUGACGGUUCUUCUGGAAUGACCAUUGAUGCAGAGACAGAAAUCGAUCCUUGUAAAGUGGAUGGCACUUGCCCUGAAGUCAUCAAGGUGUACAUUUUUAAAGCUGACCCUGGAGAGGAUGACUUAGGUGGAACAGUAGACAUUGUGGAGAGUGAGCCUGAGAAUGAUCAUGGAGUUGAACUGCUUGAUCAGAACACCAGUAUUCGUGUUCCCAGGGAAAAAAUGGUUUAUAUGACUGUCAAUGACUCUCAACAAGAAGAUGAAGAUUUAAAUGUUGCCGAGAUUGCUGAUGAAGUUUAUAUGGAAGUGAUCGUAGGAGAGGAGGAUGCGGCGGCAGCAGCGGCAGCAGCUGCUGUGCAUGAGCAACAAAUGGAUGACAAUGAAAUCAAAACCUUCAUGCCGAUUGCAUGGGCAGCAGCCUAUGGUAAUAAUUCUGAUGGAAUUGAAAACCGGAAUGGCACUGCAAGUGCCCUCUUGCACAUAGAUGAGUCUGCUGGCCUCGGCAGACUGGCUAAACAAAAACCAAAGAAAAGGAGAAGACCUGAUUCCAGGCAGUACCAAACAGCAAUAAUUAUUGGCCCUGAUGGACAUCCUUUGACUGUCUAUCCUUGCAUGAUUUGUGGGAAAAAGUUUAAGUCGAGAGGUUUUUUGAAAAGGCACAUGAAAAACCAUCCUGAACACCUUGCCAAGAAGAAGUACCGCUGUACCGACUGUGAUUACACUACCAACAAGAAGAUAAGUUUACACAACCACCUGGAGAGUCAUAAGCUGACCAGCAAGGCAGAGAAAGCCAUCGAAUGCGAUGAGUGUGGGAAGCAUUUCUCUCACGCUGGGGCUUUGUUUACUCACAAAAUGGUGCAUAAAGAAAAGGGAGCCAACAAAAUGCACAAGUGUAAAUUCUGUGAAUACGAGACGGCUGAACAAGGGUUAUUGAAUCGCCACCUUUUGGCAGUCCACAGCAAGAACUUUCCUCAUAUUUGUGUGGAAUGCGGUAAAGGUUUUCGUCACCCGUCAGAGCUCAAAAAGCACAUGCGAAUCCAUACUGGGGAGAAGCCGUACCAAUGCCAGUACUGCGAGUAUAGGUCUGCAGACUCUUCUAACUUGAAAACGCAUGUAAAGACUAAGCAUAGUAAAGAGAUGCCAUUCAAGUGUGACAUUUGUCUUCUGACUUUCUCAGAUACCAAAGAGGUGCAGCAACAUGCUCUCAUCCACCAAGAAAGCAAAACGCACCAGUGUUUGCAUUGUGACCAUAAGAGUUCAAACUCAAGUGAUUUGAAACGACACAUAAUUUCAGUUCACACGAAGGACUAUCCCCACAAGUGUGAUAUGUGUGAGAAAGGCUUCCACCGGCCUUCAGAACUCAAGAAACACGUGGCUGCCCACAAGGGUAAAAAAAUGCACCAGUGUAGACAUUGUGACUUUAAGAUUGCAGAUCCAUUUAUUCUAAGCCGCCAUAUUCUGUCAGUUCACACAAAGGAUCUUCCAUUUAGGUGUAAGAGAUGUAGAAAGGGAUUUAGGCAACAGAAUGAGCUUAAAAAGCAUAUGAAGACACAUAGUGGCCGGAAAGUGUAUCAGUGUGAGUACUGUGAGUAUAGCACUACAGAUGCCUCAGGCUUUAAGCGACACGUUAUUUCCAUUCACACAAAAGACUAUCCUCACCGGUGCGAGUACUGCAAGAAAGGGUUCCGAAGACCUUCAGAAAAGAACCAGCACAUAAUGCGGCAUCAUAAAGAAGUUGGCUUGCCCUAACAGUACUUCUGCAGACAUUUGUAGAGAUGUUGGCCUUGAAACAGAAAAUUAAUUUUAAAGCCAACCAGUCUUGUUCACAUACAAUACUGUAUAUUGAUUUAUGCUGUGUACAAAUAGAAUUAAUGCUUCUAGUUGAUUUUUUUUUUUUUUUUUUUUUUUACAUUUUGUUCAAUAGCGUGUUCUGAAUUCUAUUCAGUUUGUUUAAUAAAUGGGGGAAAAUGGCAACAAGCAUGUUGCUUUUAAUUAAUUAAUCCCUGGUUCUA